AUGCCCGCCACACAGAAGGAAAUGCAAGAUGCCCGUCUCCCACUCGGGUACCGUGAUUUCUGUGCCGACCUCUUGAUCCCCUUGAACAAGUGCCGUUCCGAGACUUACUACCUUCCAUGGAAAUGCCAGGAUGAGCGCCAUGUCUAUGAGAAGUGCCAAUACGAUGAGUAA